AUGCUCAAAUCGCUUCUCAUAAUUGCUCUUGUUCCCGUUGUGCUGAGUGUUGGAUCUCCUUGUGAGACGACCGAGGAUUGUAGAACGAAUGGAGCGCUUCAACGUCACCCAAUCGAGGAUGGCACGAAAAUGUGCGUGCCCCAAAAAGAGGCAAGCAUAAGCUACACAAAGAGUGCCAAAUUGCCAGACAAAAUCUUUUGCAGGAAUGACCACCAGCCGGUUGUU